GAGGAAAAAAGAAGAAAGACAAAAAGAAAAACAAAAUGGAAUAAAAUUAAACAAAUUACGAAACGAAAUUAACAAACGCGACCUCGUCCUUCUCUGACGCGAUUCUCGAUUCGUAUAACGCGAUAAUUACGUAAUAGCCGACCGACGUUCGACUCGGCGAUAGAGCGCUUCUCAUCAUAUCCGCAUCCUCGAUCUUCAUCCAUCUGUCGUCGUUCAUCCCGUCGUCGAUGUAUUUUGUGGUCAACGCCGCGGUGCCUCGAAUAAAAUGUUGACCGUUAACAACGCCGCCGUACGUGUUACGGCCGCGCGCGCGUAUUUGUAAUCACAGUUGAGCCGAGCGACACCGUUUUUCAAAUUCCAUCCUGUCGCGACGCCGUUGCGCGCUUCCACGUGAGUUGCAAGCCGUCACACAGUGCGCGUUAACCGAUGACUGGCAAUGAAGCGCAGGUGAAGCGUGAGGAAACGCGUCAUUCUCUCCUCAUAUCUUUCUCUCUCUCUCGCGCGCGCGGGCGUCGCGCGCCAUCGGCCUCGACGACAAAUUGGAUCCGCGCAAAAGUUCUCGACGGAAUCGACUGUCAUUGCCAAUAUGAUGUCUCUGCCGCGUGAUCGUUCAGGUUCUUCUUUAUUACUGCGCGAUUCGCUGUGUCGGACGACGUCGCACGACGAGGCGACGACAAGCCUGCUGCAAUGAGAUUACGAAGUUCUGUCCAUCUGACGAUCGCGGAAACAAGUGUCGGAAGUAUCCUCGGCGUUUCUCGCAGUUUCAGAGCGGACGAUUGAAGAAAAGAAACGCGGAAACGAAAAUUAAUCAUCACACACCGCCGAUUAUUUCGAGACGUUUUUUUUUUUUUUUUUAACGUUAAUUUAUCGAAAAUGAAAAGAACUUUGCUCGACGCGAGGAGUGAAAAAUAUAUCGAUAUAUAUUCCCGACGCGACGCUCUUAUUGCGCGCGAUAAUAACAACACAUGUUUUCGAAACACGUCUCGUUUCACCGUUGCUCGCCGCGAUUCGAUCGCGACUUAAUAGCGUUCCUCGCAACGGGAUCUCGUUAGAGGAUAGGAAGAGAGAGAGAGAGAAAGAAAGAAAGAACGAAAAACUCGGAGGAGUAAUCUCCCGAAGCAUUGACUUCCGAUAUCUGUGCGCGCAAGAGAGAAAGACAUUUAUCUUUCACAUCUGGCACAUAUCGCGGAGAGAUGAAUGAGGUGAGGAACGUUUUGACAGCCUUGAAAUCGCCCGCGAGGAGUUCGGCCAAUGUUGCGACGACGAGCGUCGCGAAGACGACGUGGUACGACGUGCCGGCGCCGAUAAUCGUGCACUGUCGCGAAUUUCACGAGGAGACCGACGUCGUGGCGAAUAACGAAGCGAAGGAACGUAAAACGAAAGUUUACGCGAGUCAACUGUCCGACAAAAGUCAAACAAAGUCUUCCGACGCGGCGAAAUCCGUCGGUGUCUCUCCGGUGUAUCAGAGUGACGUAAAGGCCGUCUCGAACGAAACUCCCGAGGAGUUUCACGCGAGAAUGAAUCGGAACGAAAAGCAACGGCACAGCACAACGGUGGAACUGAACGCCACCGCGACCGUGAAGACGGACGCCGACGGCGUGCCGACGAUAAGUUUUAGUUUUCUGCGCGCCGACGACGCGAAGAAUUGCCACGACGACGCGGAGAAUUCCGACGAGGAGGAGAUCGUUGUUCUGGAGGUCGACACCAGCGAUCAGGGCGAAUCCGCGGAAAAUCAUCAUCACCUGUACGACUUCCCGAGGAGUUCCGCGAUUUCAACGGAGAACAAUCGAAUUUCCUUGGAACAAUCCAGAGAUCAUCGGGAAACAGACAUGGUCGAAUCGUCGGAUCUUUACGACGUGCCGAAGAGCACGUUGUCUCUCAAGAAAUCGCGAGAAGAAGACGCGCCGAACAACGUCGAGCAAAAUCGCAAGGAAACAAUCGCGACUCAUGCCUCGUCCAACAGGAGAAGCAAAUUCGAUCAGCUCAAACGUUCCACCAGAUCGCUCAAGUCCGGCAGAAGGAGUUACGGCGCGUCGGACAGCGACGGUUACGACGCCGGCAUAGCGUCGAUGUCCGGAUCGUAUUCGGAUCCGGAGUGUCCUCCUCACGAAGAGACGGCGUUGUCGGUGAGCGGCGAGUCGAACCGAAGCAAACGCCUGAAGCUGCAGAAGCAGCGGCUGGGCAAGGCUUGGGGUAGGAUGCGCAAUUGGCUGCGUGAGGAAAGGACCAAGAUCGGCGAGGUGGUGAACCGACACGCGAAGCUGCAAGCGGUCGGCGCGCUCAGUUCCGAGGGACGAAGCGACGAAGCGGCUUCCACGCGAACGUCGAAAAGCAAGCAGCGCGGUUUCUACGACCUGACGCAGGCACGCGUCCAAACGUCCGGCUCGAUCACCCGGGUUGAGGAAUUCGGUCUGUCGUCGGUGUCCGAGGAGGCGAACGUCUCGGACGCGGACAGGCCGGCGUCGGCGAACAGCUCGAGAACGUUGACGCGCGGCAACUUGAGAAGAAAGACCGUCAGUUCGGACGACAUCCUGGAGAACAAGAGAACGCGAUUGCAGCCGCCGGUGUCGUUCAGUAUGGACAAGCUGUGCUCGAACGUGGAAAACGACGUGGAGACGACAAAGCCGCAAGCGGCGACGAUAACGGGGAACGGUAGCGCCGAUGCUGAGACGUCGAGGAACCACGGCGGGAAAGGUGGCCUGAUUAAGAGGAGAAUGCUCGGGUCAAUCAGAGGGUUAAUGGCCUCGACUCAUCUGCUGCAGACCAACGAGACCGACGAGCAGGGCGGACAAGGCGGUUUCGAGGAUGUGCGAAGAUACAUCAAACAAGGAGGCGACUUUUGCAAGGAUCUGGCUUCGAUUCUUCACGAGAGAGCCGAACUCGAAGCCACUUACGCGAAAGGACUCAGCAAGCUCAGCAGUAAGUUAACGAAGGCGUGCGCUAAAGAUCAAGGUGGUAAUGGUACCGGAGGUGUGAAUGAGGCUUGGAGGUGUGUCGGCGAGGAGAUGGAGGCUGCCGCGGAAGCCCACCGGCUAUGGGGCAUCGCGCUUAGCGAGCAACUCGCCAAACCGCUCAGAGUGGGCGUAGCGGAAACGCAAGGUCGCUCGAGAAAGACGGUUGAGAAUUCGGUGGACAAGGCGUCCAAGUCGCUUCAGGAGUGGCGCGGAAUUGCCUCGAAGAGCAAGAAGCAGAGCUUCGCGUGCGCCCGCGAGAACGAAAGGCUGCAGGAUCUGGCGCGGUUGCAGACCAUCAGUCAGAGUCAGCAGAGCAACAACAAGCCGUCGAGUCAUCAUCAUGUCACGGAGAAGGAGGCGAGCAAGCUGGAGACCAGACGGCGUAAGGCCGAGGAUUCCUCGCGCCGGGCGGACACGGAGUUUUACACGGUGAGCGUGAGGGCCGAGAGAGCCCGGCUGGAGUUCGAGAGCACGGUGAGAAAAGGCGCGAAACAGAUGGAACUGCUCGAGGAGGAGCGACUUAGCGCUCUGAAGGACUUCGCCAACGUGUACUUGACGCACCUGCAGUCUCUUGCGCCGCGCCUGCAACAGAGUGCCGAUCGUUUGCUGACGCCCGUGCGCAGCUGCAACGUGUCGCAGGAUCUCGAGGUGUUGAAAAAUCUCGUACGUCGAAUGGACAGUAACGACGUGACGAACGCAGAACAGUUGCUGCCCGACUUUUAUGCCGAACACGUAACGCUGGCGAUGAAUCGCGAACGACGGAAGCAAUCGUUGGUCAGGGUGUUGCAUCUGAUCAGGCAGGAUCUCGAGAGAGAAAGGCGGGGUAGGGAAGGUCUGGAAACGUUGCACCGCGCCUUUCUCAAGACACCGGCAUUCGCGGCGGACGAAAGCGCGCAGAACGUGACGGAUAAGCUGCAUCAUAUGCGCUCGAUGUUGUUGUACUUGGAGGCGGCGAGAUACAAGAUAAGCGGCACGCUUGCGGAGGUGGAAGGCAGUAAGCGAGCGAAACAUCCCUUGUCAGAUCACAUUUUGGUUUCGAGAGACAAACAGGGUCUGCAACAAAGUGUUCUUAAGAUUCCUUCUUGGGUAAAGAACGAAUCCUUUGAGAUUCAGGACGCCGAUGACGAGCUCGAAAUGCAGCUGACGAAGGAACAGGACACCGAGGCUCGCGACUGGAUCGAUCGGACCGCUGGCGAUGGUAAUUCCGAAAAUCAGCCGGACGAGGACGACUUCAGUGAUUUCGACGAGUUCAGCAGUCACUCGGAGGACAACAACAAUCACGAGAUAGACGGUACGGAAGUGGUCAAGACCGAGACCGCGGAACAGUGCCGCGCGAUCUAUCAGUACUCCGCGAAUCUGAACGACGAGCUCAGUCUCAAUCCGGGCGAUCUGAUAACCGUCCAUCAGAAGCAGGCGGACGGCUGGUGGAUAGGCGAAUGCCGAGGCCGCACCGGUAUAUUUCCCGCUACUUACGUCCAAGUCAUUCACUGAUAAAUAACUUUCGUGUCGUUAAGUAAUAUCUAGAGUAUGCCAAUCGUGAGCCUUUAUGUGUGUGUGUGUGUAUGUGUGUGUAUAUGCCUGACAAAAGAAUGAAAAAAGUUUACUUUUAAGGCCUUUAUCUGGCUUCGCUGAAUCAGAUAAGAGUAUAUCACAAUGUGCCAAUAACGUUAUAACUAACGUUAUAACUAACGGAUUUACUUCGCGCGCACAAAUCUUUUUUUUUUAUAAACUAUGAAUCUGUUCAAUCACGCGUAUAUAAACACGGUUUGAAAAUUACUACCAAAUAGUAGUUACCAUCACGUGUCGAAAACGGUCAAUGAAAUAUCUUCAUGUUAGCAAUAAUUAUUUUAAUCGUGUUGUCUAACUAUACAGAAUGACACUGUUUGUUUAUACAUAUAUAUACGACAUUUUGUAUCAUGUGUUUGUAUCGCUGUUAUAAUUCAUUUAUUAUAUAUAUAAUAUUUAUUAUAUAUAUACUAUUCUCUGUAAAAGAAUUAAUCCGUUAAUUAAUGCGUUACGCGAGAAACUUCGACUCUUAUACGUACACUAUUUUUUAAUUGCAUCUUACUGUCUGUGUAAUUUUUGUUUUCAUUGCGUAUAUAUAUUAUGUUUUUUUAUUAAAUUUUUUUUAUUAAAGACACAGUAUGUUUGAACAGCACAAUCAUAAAAUUGUUGGAAAAUAUCUCGCGAAAAAAAACAUUCUGUUGAAAAAACGAAUCUUUAUAAACAAAUUGACACGUUUAUUUUCUAUCUUGCUCCUUAGUAGCGUUUACACGGAUUAUUAUGUAUAUAUACUCCGCACAAUUUUAUUGUAUCCAGAUACCUAUGUAUUUCUUGAAAUAUUAUUUUCAAUAUGUAUAUUAGAUUCUUAAAAGCCAAAAUGAUAAUCAUGCGUAUAAAAAUGAAAGCUGAAAUAAUAAACACAUCGGAAAACGAUUGUUUGUUCAUACGAAGGGUAAAAGGUGCAGAUGAACAGAGAAAAUUUGUAUAUAUAUACAUAUAUAUGUAUAGCUUUUAUAUUAUGCGAACAUUUUCAACUGUAAAUACCCCAAAAAACACAGAAAGCAAUUAUUUAACUGUACUGUGCAAUAUAAUAUUGAUAAAGCAUUUAUUUACUAUUA